AUGGCAAUAACACUGAACAAUGGGUUCAAAAUGCCAGCAGUCGGUCUUGGUGUUUGGCGCAUGGAAGGAAAAGAAAUCAGAGACCUCAUUAUCAAUGCCAUCAACAUUGGUUACCGCCAUUUUGAUUGCGCUGCUGAUUACAAAAAUGAAGCAGAAGUAGGGGAGGCACUUGCAGGAGCAUUUUCGACUGGGCUUGUUAAGCGAGAGGAUCUCUUCAUCACCACCAAGCUUUGGAAUUCAGAUCAUGGAAAUGUCGUAGAAGCCUGUAAAGACAGUCUGAAGAAGCUUCGGUUGGAUUAUCUGGAUCUAUACCUUGUUCACUUUCCUGUUGCCACCAAGCAUACUGGAGUUGGUGCAACUGCAAGUGCUUUGGAUGAGGAUGGGGUGCUAGAAAUAGACACAACCAUAUCUUUGGAAACUACCUGGCAUGCUAUGGAAGAACUGGUUUCUAUGGGUUUAGUUCGUAGCAUUGGGAUUAGUAACUAUGACAUCUUUCUAACGAGAGAUUGCUUAGCCUAUUCCAAAGUGAAGCCUGCUGUGAAUCAGAUUGAAACUCACCCAUACUUCCAACGUGAUUCUCUUGUCAAAUUCUGUCAGAAGCAUGGCAUCUGUGUCACUGCCCACACUCCUCUUGGAGGUGCUGCGGCCAACAGCGAAUUGUUUGGUUCAGUUUCAUGUCUGGAUGAUCCAGUUCUUAAGAAUCUGGCUGAGAAAUACAAAAAGACUGUAGCCCAGGUUGUCCUUCGCUGGGGCAUCCAACGCAACACAGUUGUCAUCCCAAAGACAUCAAAACUUGAGAGAUUGAACGAGAAUUUCCAAGUUUUUGACUUUGAGCUUACGAAAGAGGAAAUGGACCUGAUUAAAAAGGUAGACAGGAAACACAGGACAAAUCAGCCUGCCAAGUUUUGGGGCAUUGAUCUGUAUGCAUAG